AUGACAAAAGGUUCUAAACGUCAAAAUUAUGGGCCAUGUGUUGUAUGUGGCCUAAUUGACUCAAACGUAAAAUAUAGAAAAUUGAAUGUCGAGUCUCUUAGAAAGACAACAAACAGUCCAAAAUUUCAUCUAGUAACAACAAAACUUGAAGUUGGUCAACAACUUUGUCAAAAAGACUGGAAUCAACUGGUAAUUUACGAUAGAAAUGCCUACAGUCCUAAAAAAAAACAAAGCAAAACUCCUGACAAAUCAUCAAGUGAAAAUUAG